ACGGUAGCUGCGAGCUCCACUGUGUCUGCAGCUUCGUCUACUGCAACGGUCGAUUACGUCACUACGGACCCCAACGAAGUGCUCUGGAACGAAGACAGUGACACAUCUAUUGUCACACCCGAACGCGGUACUCUGGGAGCUUCGGUCAUAGGUCCCGAUAACAUACCCAUUGAUUUGGAGAAUCCUGAUCUAAUGGCACCUCCGACCACCGAUUCGGGCACUAUGAUGAACGCAAAAUGGCCCAUGUCAUUUAGUCACAACCGACUACAGACAGGUGGUUGGGCGCGUCAGGAGAAUAUCGGUGUGAUGCCGCUGGCGACUGAAAUGGCUGGCGUCAACAUGCGGUUGGAACCGGGGGCUAUUCGUGAAUUGCACUGGCACACGACUGGCGAGUGGGCUUACGUUCUGAAGGGCUCUACUCAAGUCUCGGCAGUUGACAAUGAGGGUCGCAACUAUCUAGCCACUGUAGGCACUGGAGACUUGUGGUACUUCCCUCCUGGUAUUCCUCACUCCCUACAAGCAACGGAUGAAGAUCCCGACGGGUCAGAGUUUCUUCUGGUUUUCGAUAACGGAGACUUUAGUGAAGAUUCUACAUUCCUGUUGACAGACUGGCUUGCCCAUGUUCCCAUGGAAGUCAUCGAGAGGAAUUUCCAGGUCGAUAGCUCCGCUUUCGCUCAUAUCCCAAAAGAAGAGCUGUACAUCUUUCCAAGCACGCUCCCCGGCCCUGACGACUCCGGUCCGGUUAGUCCUCAAGGAACAGUCCCUAACCCUUAUUCGUUCGCCUUGUCUACGGCCAACGCUACCGUGACGUCCGGCGGUUCUGUGAAAAUCGUGGAUUCUACGACGUUCACUGUGUCAACAACGAUCGCUAUGGCAGAAGUUACUGUGGAACCUGGCGCGAUUAGGGAGCUUCAUUGGCACCCGACCAUGGAUGAAUGGAGCUUCUUCCUCGAGGGCGAAGCUAGGGUUACGAUCUUUGCGUCACAAGGCACUGCAAGGACGUACAACUAUCAACCUGGCGAUGUCGGUUAUGUUCCUACCGCUAUGGGUCACUAUGUUGAGAAUAUCGGCAACUCGACCAUGAAGUUCCUCGAAAUAUUCAAGUCAGAUCGUUUCGAAGAUAUCAGUCUUAAUCAGUGGCUAGCAUUGACUCCUCCGGCCGUCGUGAAGGCUCAUCUAGACUUAUCCGACGAUACUAUUUCGAAGCUUCAAAAGGUGAAACCAAUCGUUGUGGGGCCUUCGUAAACAUCUGUGUGCGUAAUGGGUGAAUAUUUAUUUAUACAAGUUGGGAAGACGGUUGGUUGUAUAUUUAAACAUGAC